AUGUAUCCUCAAUGGAGUGACUCAGCUGAGAAUCAUGAUACGGCGCUUGACAACUUGCUUAAAGACAUCAUCCACAACCGUUUACAAUCCCAUGCGUGGACACAUGUGGCAGCACGGCGUAAGAGGAAACAAAAUCAGGAAUCAUCAAACGAGGAUGGUGAGAGUAAAGUGAUUGAAUCAACGCCUGCAGAUGAUGUAUCUCAUAAGAAGCAAAGAACAGGGAAAGCUCAUAUAAAGGUUGAUGAAGAGGAGAAGACAAGCUUGCUGGAUAUUUGGAAUAUGUUGGAGAAAAUGAAUGUCACAAUUAGUGACAUGGACAAGAAUGCAAGCAGCAGAUUGGAUGGGUUGGAGAAGAAAGUUACUUGCUUAGAAGCGAGUGUAAAAACAAGGUUUGAAGCUGUGGAGACUGAUAUGAGAGUUCUUAAAGAGUCUCAGCCCCCUGUAGUAUCCAAUGAAGCUGCCACAUCAAACAACAAUGAUGAAUAUGAGGCAAAUAGUAACCAAUGUUCUUGGAUUGUAGAGGAGAAGCCAGGUUCUGUUGAUGGGUUGCCUAUUCAAAGAGUGGUUAAGAAGACUGUUAAUUCGGUGAAGAACAAGGAAGCUGCUACAAAGGUCCUUACUAAGAAAAAAGUUGCAAAAUCUGAUAAGAAGAAGACAAUUGUCAAUGUAGAGAAGGUAGAAAAACCAAAACCUGAAAUGAAGAAGACAGUUGUGAAGGUAGAGAAGGUAGAUAGUCCAAAACCCUUGCAGAAGAAGUCUGUUGCAGCUCCAACAACAAAGACGUUUGAUGAUGAUGUUGUGGAUGUCACUGACAAGGUUAAUGCAGACAAUCUGAAAAUGGCUUCAAGUUCAGAAGAAACAUUCUCCAAUCCUACAGAUCAGAUGGCUAAUAAGGCAACGGCUGAUGCAUUGAGAGCACUUCAAGAAGGACUAGAUAAUUUGGACGGUAUCACUAGUAAGAGGAGACGAGUGCCACAGCUAGCGGGUUCUCAGAAAUAUCCGUAUGUAGGAAAUUCAACAGUGAAGCGCAUAAUCACUGAUGUACCAUCGUCUUCAUCGGUACCUGAACAUCUUCAACCUGUUUCUGAUGACCAAUUUGAUAGGCUGAAGGAUUGGCUCGAACCUGAUUUUGAAAAAGAAGGCCUGAACACCAACAACUUUAAUGCACGGUUCUAUUGGCAGAUAAUGACUCCAAGAAACGACUGGCCAACAGAAAGAUAUGGAUGGCUGAAAGACUAUCACAUGGGAGCUGCAAUGUCAUUGUUUCGCCGAAGAUUCAAUCGUGAUCCGUCAAAAUAUCCCAACCAGAGAAUAACUUUUUUGGACCAAGAUUUGAUCUCUACAAUGCUCAAAGACUACAAACAGUUUCAACCAGAUUAUAGGUGCUUCAAAUUCAGGGAGUAUUAUGAGGAUCAAGUCAAUGGUACAGCUCACUGUGAAGCGGCGACAAACAAGAAAUGGUUUGUUGAUGUGGAUCACCUAUAUGCAUACCUCUUUGUCAACGGGAAUCAUUGGGUCGCUCUGGAUAUUGACUUGACAAAGAAACGGGUCAAUGUUUAUGAUAGCAUCCCGAGCUUGACUACGGAUACAGAAAUGGCGAUACAGUGCAUGUUUGUGAUGACAAUGAUUCCUGCCAUGUUGAGUUCAUUUAUACCGUCAAAGCAACGUAGGAGGAGCUACUCAAAGUUGGAGCUACUCAUUAGUUAG